CCCCGCGCUGCGGGGCCCGAGCUGCACCGCCUCCCCGUGACGCCACUUCCGGCGCUCGCCCCGCCCCGCCGCCGGAUAAGCGGCGCCGCGCGGAGCUGAGGGCUCUUUUCCGCCGCGCGGCGCAAGAUGGCGGACACGCAGACCGAGCGGGCCUACCAGAAGCAGCCCACGAUCUUCCAGAACAAGAAGCGGGUGCUGCUGGGCGAGGGCGGCAAGGAGAAGUUGCCCCGCUACUACAAGAACAUCGGCCUCGGCUUCAAGACUCCCAAGGAGGCUAUUGAGGGCACCUACAUUGAUAAGAAGUGCCCCUUCACUGGUAAUGUCUCCAUCCGUGGCCGAAUCCUGUCAGGUGUGGUUACCAAGAUGAAGAUGCAGCGCACCAUUGUCAUCCGUCGGGACUACUUGCACUACAUCCGCAAGUACAACCGAUUUGAAAAGCGCCAUAAGAACAUGUCUGUGCAUCUCUCCCCCUGCUUCAGGGAUGUCCAGAUUGGGGACAUCGUCACCGUUGGAGAGUGCCGUCCCCUCAGCAAGACUGUCCGGUUCAAUGUCCUCAAAGUCACAAAGGCUGCUGGUACCAAGAAGCAAUUCCAGAAGUUUUAAAACCAGCAUAAUCAGGAAAAAUAAAGCUUUUAUAAAAGUCUA